AUGUCUGCUCUCAAGAACAUCGCCAUCGCUGGUGCCGCAGGUGAUCUCGGCUCAGCUGUCUUCAAAGCCCUCGUCAACUCAUCCCAGUUCAACAUUACAGUCCUCACCCGCAAGAACUCAACAAGCACUUUCCCCUCUGGCACAAAGGUCAUUCAAGUUGACUACGAUUCUCUUGACUCUCUCACCGCUGCCCUCCAAGGCCAGGACGCUGUCGUCUCAACAGCCGGUAGUCUCGUCAUCCCUAGUCAAACCCUUCUCAUUGACGCCGCCAUCGCUGCGGGUGUGAAGCGAUUCAUCCCUUCAGAGUUCGGAUCAAACCUCGCUGUUCCCAGCGUGAGGAAGCUUCCCGUCUUUGGUACAAAGGUCGCCAUUGAGGAUAAACUUAUUGAUCUUGCCAAGCAAGGCAAGAUUAGUUACACCUUUGUUUACAACGGUGCUUUCCUCGAUUGGGGCAUCAAGCAAAACUUCCUCCUCGACUUUUCCCAGCCUGAGAUUACUCUUUGGGACGAAGGCAAUGUCGAGUUUAGCACCACCACUCUCGCCAGUGUCGGCGAUGCUGUAGUCGGUGUUUUGGCCUAUCCCCAGGAGACACAGGACCGUAUUGUUUAUGUCCAGGACACGGUUCUCACGCAGAAAAAGCUUCUCGCGCUUGCUAAGGAAGUCAGCCCUGAGAAGGAGUUCAAGGUUAAGCAUGCUAAGAUUGAUGAUAUUACUGCCCAGUCGGAUUCCAAUGUCGCCAAGGGUAUCUAUGACUGGGCUACCAUGGGAGCUUACUUAUAUAGAAGUCUCUUUGAUGCGAAGAGUCUUCCUAAAUAUGAGAAGCUUGAUAAUGAGCUGCUGGGUGUCAAGGGUGUUACCGAUGAGCAGAUCAAGGAGCUUCUCAAGGCUCACAUCCAGUAA